AUGAUCCGAUCCGCUGGUAAGAAGUUUUUCUUCAUAUGCAUUCGCGCGAAAAUCGAUCAAGGUGUUGAAAAUGAGAAGAGAAGUAAGCAACAUUUAUUUAACAAAGAUGAAAUUCUGAAGAAUAUACGAAAGGAGUGUUCGGAAAACUUGAUUGCUAGAGGCCUGCUCCAGGAUGAGAAAGACAUCUUUUUGAUAAGUAAUCCCUUUCCUGCCAAGUAUCAAUUUGGCGACUUGACCCAAGCAAUUUUAGACGUAUUGCCGCAACGUCAAAAAGAGAGUCUCAUUCUGACCAUUGAUAAUGGCUUAAGUUUGUCAGAAGAGACUCUCAAGAGAAAGGUUGAGGUUCUUAAGAAGCGAAUCAAAUAUGUUGCCACCGCAUCAGCUCUUGCUGCAAGUGUUCCAUUUCCAGGAACAGCCAUUGUCGCUGAUAUCGCGUUGAUAACAAGAGAGAUCAACUUUUAUAAGAGCCAGCUUGGUCUCCCAGAGGAAGGGUCAAAUAGUAGAUUUUCAAUGCUCAGUAUCAACACCCAAAAUGAAGUUAAGACUUUGACUGCAUCAUUCAGCAAUGCCUUGCAAAUGGGCAAGCUUGCUGCGGCCUACUCUGCAGAAGGUGUCGUUGAGGAAUUUGUUCGUAUUAUUCCAUUUAUUGGACUAACCAUAGCCGGUCCUCUGUCUUUCGGCGCCACAUACUACUUCUUAAAAAGCUGGUUAGAAGACAUGGAAAAACUCGCAAUUAAAGUGCUCAGAGAAACGUAG